AUGGCGCGACCCCGUUUCUGUCGCCAUCGGCAUCAUGUUGCAGAGAGCGGGAUCGUAAAUGGCCUUUGUUCGGCCGCCGCAUCUCGACCAGUCCAGUCUAAACAAUUGCCCAUUUGCAUAAAAUUAACCAAAAAACAGUUCGAAAUUCAUGGCCCUUUUGUGGCGGAUCCAAAUCCCUGGGAAAGUUGUCGCCCGUUGUUCCCUGCCACUUGUCUCCUGGAUCCUUCGUGGCCUCAUUUCGAAUGUCGCGGGAUCCGACUUCGCCUUCUGGGGACAAAGGACCCCGAUCGGGCUGUUGUUGACACCCCAACUGACCUGGACAGCAGUUUGGGAUAG